AUGGCUGGGAAACAAGGUCAGUUAGAGAUUAAGUUUCGAUUGAGCGAUGGAUCGGAUAUCGGCCCGAAAAGUUUUGCUGCUGCUACUAGCAUUGCGACGCUGAAAGAAAGUAUUCUUAGCCAAUGGCCAAAAGAUAAAGAGUAUCGACCAAGAACUAUAAAAGAUGUGAAGUUAAUUUGUGCUGGAAAAAUAUUGGAGAACAACAAAACAGUAGAGGAAUGUCAGAGUCCAUUGUGCAAUCUUCCUGGCGGAGUUACAACAAUGCUUGUGGUGGUUCAACCACCAAAUUCGGAAAAAGAUAAGAAAGGAGCAAGUGAAGCAACGCAUAACAAAUGUGUUUGUGUUAUAUUAUAA